UGAUUCUCAACUUGAUCUUUCCGUCUUCCAUCUCCACUCCACCAUGGCGACCCCAGCUGAGUCCGAGCCCUCGGAAAACAAAAAUGUGGACCGCCGUAUGAGCCUGGGCAAAUAUGUCAAGAGAAUGAGCAGUGUCUUCAAGCGGGAAAAGUCGACCAAGAGCCUUACUUCGCCCACAUCUGCCACCCCUCAGGCCCAGGCGCAACAUGAACCCGCCAAAGAGGAAGUCGCCCAAGAGGAAGCCGUUGCUGCCCCUACUACUACCACCCAGGCUCCUGCUCAGGAAUCCACGACUUCGCCUCCCGCGCCCACCUCAGACCCGCAGGUGCUCGAUCGCCGCGCAAUGCAGCAGGAACGAGCUCGUGCUCUCUUCGCAAAGUACGGCCUCACGCUCGAGUCGCAUGAAUGGAUUGCUGCCCCCGCUCCCAUCCCCACCGUCCAACGUGUCGAGAAGUCUAUUCGCAUGCGCGUCCACCGCAGCUGCCAUCGUUGCGGCACCAUCUACGGCGCCGACAAGGUGUGCUUGAAGUGUGAGCACAGGCGUUGCAAGAAGUGUCCUCGCUAUCCCAAGAAGAAGACAGCCGAAGAAAAGCAAAAGGACAAGGACACUACCGAGACGCCUAGGAAGAAGAAGGCCUUCACCAUCAAGACAAGGUCGGGCGGCGAGUUGGUAUUCGACCCGCCAAAGCAGCGAGUCAGGCGCAGCUGCCACAAGUGCCACACUCUGUUCAUCCCGGCAACCGCCACCGUAUGCGAGCAAUGCCACCAUGUCAGGUGCACAACCUGUCCGCGAGAACCCGCAAAGCUGGCCAAGUGGCCUACGGGCUACCCUGGUGAUGCCGACGCCGACGCCGACAGCGACUCCGAGGUGGAGAAGCAACUCGAGAAGUUUAGGCGUACGUGGCGAAAACCACGAGCAAGAGUGCGUUGGGAAUGUGAGCAGUGCCAUGGGCUCUUCGUCAACGGCUCGCCACAGUGUCCCGGCUGUGGUCACGAGCGUUGUGACAAGUGUACCAGAACACCUAUCAAAAAAGCCAAGAAAGAAGAGCAGUUCGACCCUCACAUCGUUGCCGCCGUCGAGGCCAAGCUCAGAGCCCUCGGUGUCGACGAUCCAGCUGCACCAGGCCCUGAAGCCGCAUGAUCUCGUUUUCCCCCCCACAUCCUGACGACC